GAAGUCUACUGUCAUCAUAAUACUCUCUCCAAAGUCUUUUGUUCGUUCUUCUUCUGAAUCUUCUCCGGACAAUCCCACAAAAGAUGGCAAGUUAUCAGAAACGCAGUCUCUCUGCAAUAAUUUCAUUACUCUUAAUCUCUCUGACAACAACUCGUCUCCAAGCUAUCUCAAUUACAGAAACCAAUUCAAUUGAAUCCAAUUCUGAUUCCCCAAAUGUUCAUGAACUCUUACCUAAGUUUGGUUUUCCAAAAGGUCUUCUUCCUGAUGGAGUAAAAUCAUAUUCUCUAUCUGAGAAUGGAGAUUUUGAAGUUGAAUUAAAACACCCAUGUUAUGUUCACUUUGAUACCCUUGUUUACUAUGACAAGAAAAUCACUGGAAAAUUGAAAUACGGUGAUAUUGAAAAUAUUUCUGGAAUCCAAGCUAAGAAGUUGUUUUUAUGGGUUACUGUUACUGGAAUGGAAGUUGAUUCUGAUCCUAAUUUUAUUGACUUUCAUGUUGGGAUUUUAUCUGAGAGAUUACCUGCUGAACAGUUCCAGAGUAUUCCAUCUUGCAGCAGGAAAGCUUGCAGGGAAAAUAUUCUUGAUGAUUUGGUAUCUGAGGUUUAGUUAAGCUGGUUUUGGUGAGUGGUGAAUGCUCUAUGCCUCAGCAUUUACCAUUGAAGUUGGUAGAUGCAAUAUGAUUUAGUUUUUUUUUUUUUUAAUGAAAUGGUUCAAAUACUCAAAUUGGUAUGGUUCUAAGGACUAUCAGCCUUCAAAGGCCCUAUCCAUGAGGGAAGGUGGAUGGGAAGUGUUUCUCCUCACCUGCGUGUGAGUUUCAACGAAACCUCCAUGGUAAUAAUGGAUUUUAAAUUUGAUGUAUAGCUCGUGAAAUCCAUUGUUGCGCAUGUUGAAAACACACUUCCACAAAAUGGUUUUUUAUUUUAAAGUUGGCACUAUCUUUUUUUUUUCCCGCUAGAAAAGAGAAUUUAUUGAAUGAAAUCAAACUACAGAGUUUUGGGCAA